AUGCACAAGUGUUUUCUUCUGCUCGUGGUCACGCUUUCCAUUCUUGUUAGUGUCGAUGCCCGUUCGGCACCCGCAGCUCGCUUUGACAUUCAAGAGUCCAAGUCAAGUCUCUCAUCCAUCCAAACUGAUAAGCGGUCUCUCCGUGGUGCCGAGUCGACAAACAGCGCUGCCGAGGAAGAGAGAGGCGUGAGGACUGUUAUAGCCAAAGCAAUCAAGAAGAUUGAGUCUUGGGCCACCGAAGUUACACUCCGUUCAGACGUGAAGGCAUUGUUGAAGAAGAGAGGGGGGGGCGGACGCUGA